GAAUUUACGCACUUGAGUUUCGCACCACAACACCGGCAACGAUGAAGCUCAACAUCUCUUACCCUGCGAACGGCUCGCAGAAGCUCAUCGAGGUCGACGAUGAGCGCAAGCUCCGUGUCUUCAUGGACCGCCGAAUGGGCCAGGAGGUCCCAGGCGACAGCGUCGGCGAUGAAUUCAAGGGCUACAUCUUCAAGAUCACUGGCGGCAACGACAAGCAGGGCUUCCCAAUGAAGCAAGGUGUCAUGCACCCAACUCGUGUCCGCCUUUUACUCUCCGACGGCCACUCCUGCUACCGACCGCGACGUACUGGCGAACGCAAGAGGAAGUCUGUCCGUGGCUGCAUUGUCGGCAUGGACUUGUCAGUUCUUGCGCUGUCCAUCGUUAAGAAGGGUGAUGCAGAGAUCCCGGGCAUCACUGAUGUCGUACACCCUAAGCGCCUUGGUCCAAAGCGUGCUACCAAGAUUCGUCGCUUCUUCGGCCUCAGCAAGGAGGACGACGUCCGCAAAUUUGUCAUCCGCCGUGAAGUUCAGCCAAAGAAGGAGGGCGGAAAGCCCUACACUAAGGCUCCUAAGAUUCAACGCUUGGUCACACCACAGCGUCUCCAGCACAAGCGCCACCGUGCUGCUCUCAAGCGCCGCCGAGCGGAAGCUGCCAAGGAUGCUGCUAACGAGUACGCCAAGAUCCUUCAGAAGCGUGUUGCCGAGACGAAGCAGGAGAAGAGCGAGGCAAAGAAGAGACGCGCAUCAUCGAUGAGGAAGUAAAUGACGGUCGUGACGGACUACGUGAUGAAAACACUACUGACGCCGACUUGACGGCGAUUCAAGCAUGGGGUUUGCAUGGUUACAAAAUCCGACGGUUCAAACGGCGCCAUUUGUAUGGAAAGCAUAGAGCGACUAUUGCUCGCGGCAGCGGCAUGUCGACAUUCAAUGCAUUAUUUUUGAUCUGCCUGAUUUGCUACCAACAUUUCCUCCUCCCGGUCGAUGUGAACAAAAUUUUUUAUCGUUGAUCCCAUGCACAAUGAAUAGAUACACAAUUCAUUAUGGCCAGUGAAAUCUUUGCUGAUGAAUGAAAUAACGCCUUGUCCAUGCCUAC